UAUAUGCUAAUUUUAAACCACCCACUAACAUUCCCGUUCCAGGCCCAUUUCUCCGUUAACUCUCCCCUUUCCCUACGAUUAAACACACAAUCCCCAUUUGCAACCCUAAGUGAAUUUUCAUGGACUGUAAAUGCGAGUCGACUGAGAAGAUUAGAAGCUGAAGCUCGUUUACUAAUGGACUCAGUUCAAACGCUCUAAGCCAAGCAACUUAAAGUUGAACAUUCCAUUUUCAACUUGAAGAGGUAGAAGCAGUACUUGUUAAGAUCUUUGGGGAUGCAAGAGACAAGCCCAUUUAGUAGUACAAGUUGGGUGGGGAAGCUUCAAAAUCAGUACAACAAGAUAAAAGAGAAUGCAGAAACUUACCCUUAUGUCUGGGGUUCAUAUAUUGCUGUGUACGGGGGUUUUGGGGUAUGGCUUGUCUAUAGAGGGAUGAAACUCCGCAGAAAAGAAGAUAGGGUCCGAGCUCUUCAAGAGCAACUCCGCAAGCUCGUUGAGUCUGAAGAGCAUGGAAGUCCGUCAGCUGCUACUGGCUCUACCAGUAAGCACUCGUCACAUGAUAAACCCACUGAUUAAAUUAUCUCGCUGAUCUGUAUUCUCUCUCAGCCCAUUCUUUCUAGCCUUUGCCUGACUUUUUUUGGAAGAGGUUCUUCACAUUGACAUGUAGAGAACUAAAGCCCAGCUAAAUCUUCUUAUUCCCACAUGAAAAUUGGGAUUUCUGAUCUUCUACACAAAACAUCAUGUUUUUAUUGUAAAACAGGUAAGAAGAAAGUAUACUUACCUCACCAUUAUAUUCCUGAACUUGAUAAGUAUUGAAUACUCUGUUUUUUGUUUCAAGUUUACAUUUGGUUUCAUUGUGCGCAUUGGCCAUUCGUCAUUCAAAA